GUAGAUUGUUAGGCUUAGCAAAAAGCGGCAAUCUUAAAAGAACUUAAUAAGUGCAUCACUAAAAAGUAAAGUUAAUAGCCAAAACAUUAAUACCCAGAAGUGCUACAAGAGAAGACACAAACUGUAAAUGGUUCUUGACCGAGCACUUGUUGAUGGAAUUGUUAAUCCAGAGAAAAUUGAAGACAUUCUCCAUCAUGUCUCACAGUUGACUACUCUGUCUUCUCAGGAUGCUAAUUACUUUUCAGAAAAGAUUUGUCAGGCUGUUAACCUUGUUCUAGAUGAUCUGUUAGGGAACAAAGAGUUUGCAAGUGGAAUUCUAGAUGUGAUAUGGUGUGUGGUGGGAAGAAACUCACUAGGUGGAGAUGCUGGAGGUUCCUUGAUUCAUUCUUUGCUGAUGUUAGCAUUAGAAAACAAUUGUCCAAUCCAGCUACUUAGACAGACUAUGGUGUGUGCGAAUCAAAUUCUAAGAUCAAAACAGGCUUUAUCUGCAUUCUUUAACAUCAGCAAGGAAACCUCAAGUAUAAUAGGAGAAAGCUACUGGUUCAUCUUUCCUCUUUUCAUCAUUACCAAUAUUGGUGGAUGGUUUGUUGAUGUUGGCAUAUAUUAUGAAACACAGGCAGUUAUUCUAGAGGCAGUCUUUCGACUCAGUAAUCCAUCAAGUAGAAAGUACUGGGCAGAGAAAUGGUUUCAAUCUGAUCAACUUGGAGAACAGUUUUUGUACUUCAAACCUGACCAGUUUGAAUUGGAAUGCAGAAAAUUUCUGAACACUUUGAAUAGUACUCAAGGGAGCAAUAGAAGGGUGCAUUCAUUCAUCUGUAUGUCUAUUAUUUUUGGUGGUUACAAGGUUCAAAAACCAUAUGGUUCAGAUCUGUGGGUUGAUUUCAACCUGGAUGGUCAGAGUUUAUCAUUUUACUGUGCAGACCUCAAUCAAGAUGAACAAGUGUCUAAUUCUCAGAGUUUAUGGGAAACCAUCAUGUUGGAGAAAAACAUUGUUGCAUACUGUAAUACUGCUUUUGGAGUCAACCAAGAAUACCAGUUGGUUAAUAUACAACUUCACCGACCAUGUACUGAUCUGAUUGGAAAUAACACAGUUCCAUCACUUCACAGACGGGAGUUUAGUAUCUGUGGUAACAACGUAUUGCUCAUGCUUCCAGAAGAUGCUAUUGUUCAUUCAUUAUUGCAGAAUAUAUAUGGAGAAUUGUAUCAGGGCCAGGUGGUGGUCAGUUCACAGCCAUAUGAUGACAGCAAUGAAGGAAAUCCUAAUGUAUCAGAACUUGAAACUGAAACUGGCAGCAAUCAGCCAUCCACAGUUUCAUCAACUGUAAGAAAAUUAUCUUCAGUUGUUACCCCUCUCAAAAUUGGGAAAAAUACACAGAGAGAAAAGGUAAACAAGAAUACUCUAAAAAAUAUUAGUUGUCAUACACCGUUGAAAGAAGGAUUGAAGUCGUCUGAGACAUCCAGAGAUGUGUAUACAAGUUCUUCCAAAGUAGAAGUAAAAAAGUCAUCUGUAAGUCUUCCAGAUGGCCAGUUUUCUGGUAUGUCUCUGAAUUCCUUUACGACUUCGACUCCUUUAUCAGUUUCUGGUCAUUUAAAUCAAAUCAGAAAUAGAACUUCUGACAAAGAUUGCACUGAAAUCCAUAUCAAAGCAGAUGAAAAAACAUACCCGUGUAUGCCUCUUGGUGUUAUUGAACAUGAAGUAGAAUUAAUGAAUACUGUAGAAGAAACCCAACAAUGGAAUGAAGAUUUAACCCAUGAACAACAUACUUCAGUUAAGGCAUCAGUUAUCUUAGAACCAAUUUUUGUUGGUGAAGGUAAAGAAAGAAGAACAGGAAGUGUUUCGGAGAGGAAUAAUAUAAAAAAUAAUAUCCAUAAAAUCUCAAAUAUAUGUUCAGAGCUUUCACCUAAUAAAGUUGAUCUGACAAAAGAUCCUUCAAAUACAGCUAUAUCAAGAGGUGUUUCAGAUAAAGUUACCCAUUCAAAAUAUAUUCUUGUGUCCUCAAAUGAUUUCUGUAAUAAAGAGGUAGACACUACAUGUGCAACUGGAAAACUUAACCCCCCUAAAGAUAAUAGUUGUGAAAUAAUCAACUCUUCAUACCUCCACAAUAAAGAAACUACUUCAACAAAUCAUUCUAAUGAAGUAACAACUUCAAAAGAUCAUUCUAAUGAAGUAACAACUUCAAAAGAUAAUUCUGUUUACCAACCGACAACACCGGAAGCUCAAUCUGUGAGAGAAAGUAACUUGGUUAGUAAAUCUGAUAAAAAACCAAUUUCCAAAGGCCUAUCAUCAAUGUCUAAUCUUUAUGUGAGUCCCUCAAAAGAAAAUUCUGCUGAAGAAACUUUCUUUAACUUUGAUUCUGGCAAUGAUACUGUUUCAGAAAACUCAUCCAGAAAAAUAAGGGAUAAAGAGAUUGAAAAACCGCUUUCAUUCAUUCCACCCUCAGGAAAAAAUGAUAGAUCAAGGAGAGAAGAGACAACUACUAACAUUGCAAAAAAUGUAUACACGUUUACAGAAGAUAGUGGUCUUGGAAGUAGUGUUUCAGCUAAAACUCCAAAAUACAAAAGUAAAAAUAAUGCUGCACCUGCAAAGAAGGUUGAGAAAAGAUGUGGCAGAAUUUCCAAAAAAACAAUGCUUCAGAAAACCACCAGUGCUACUUAUGAUGCUCCUAAUGGAGUUAAGCAGAGAAAAAGUAGAGCUGCAGCAGUAAAGUCUACAGCUAAGACAAAGGCUCUCUUUCAAACUCCUGCCAAAGAAUUGGAUGACAUUUAUAUUCUCGAAGACGAAGAAACGAAAAACAGUCACUUAUUAUCUGAAGAAACUGAAGAAGAGAACAUUAGUCAUCGUGUAUCAAAGAAAAUUCAAGAAACAAACCAAUCAUUUAACAAGAAAACACUCAAUAAAAAGAAAUCCUUUCUGAGUGACACUGAAAAUAGUAGUGAAAUUAGUUGGCUUGGAGGAAAAAAGAGAAAAUUGAAUGUUCCAAAAAUAAAGCACACUUAUGAAAAAAAAAACUUGAAAUCAAAAAAGACAAUGAAGAAAUAUACAAGUACUAGUUCUGAAAAUGAUCAGGAUGAAGAAACCAAAGGAACAUCACAUUUUGGUUUGAAAGGAAGAAUGUAUCCACCUUUGAAAUUCUCUAAGGCUGCAGGAGUAUUCAGCCUUACACGUUCGCAAGAUAAACCAGAAGAUCCGGAAGUGAUCUGGUCUUCCCAAAAAGAGCAAAGGAAGUAUUCAGUAGGUAAAGAAAAGAAUAGUAAAUCAAAAAAACUAAUCAACAGAAAGUCAUCUGGAACUGAUUGGUCUGAUAUUGAAAAAUUUAAACUAACAGUAGAACCUUCAUCUGAUUCCAAGACAAGAAUGAGACUUUCAAGGUCUAAUACUAUAAUUAAAGAUGCACAGAAGGAACUAACACAAUUAGUAUCUGAAGAUUUUCAUGAUAAUGCUGGUAUUGAUGGUAUGGUACCCAGUGCUGAAGAUUUGGAUAAGGAUUCAACGGUUCUUUCUAACUCAUUAGAAAAAAACAAAAGAAGUGGAAGUAGUGGAAAAGAGACAGACACUACUCAGAGAAAAAACGACUAUAAAGGUCUUUAUGGGUUAGCCAUAGAAAAUACGUCUGGCAAAAUAAAACAGAAAGCAAGGUUUGGAACUGAGCCAGAAUAUGAAAAUCUAGGAAGAGAAAAUACAGAAUCAUUGAAUAUUAAUACCAAAAAUACAACAGAUCUCACUGAAAACAAAAGUAAACACAACCUUAAUUCAACCUGUAUUCAAGAAGAAAAUUAUUACAAACAGCAUAGUUUGUACAAUAACAAUACAUCAAAGGAGAAUUGUAAUGUGAGACAUAAUAUAUCUCACACAAGAUAUCCUAAUCUAUCAUCCAGUUCUGAUGAACUAGUCAAUCUCUCCUCCUUCAAACGAUCAUUGGCCAAAGAGCUUCAGAAAAAAACUCAAAUGCUAUUGCAGGAGUUGGCUUCACCAGAACGACUGAGGAGAAGCCCUUUUAAAUGGAGAGAAUCAUUAUCUGACCUAGGUUCUCCAGACAUCAUCCCACCAAACAACUCUCCAGAGACAGAUCUUAUAUUAAGUCCUUUGGGCAGAAGUGAGAGGUUCAAUCUUGAUACUACGUGGCCAAAUUCAAAGCAUGAGAAAUUUUUAAUGAUGACAAAACCAGGUCUUUAUACUACACCACAAGAGACAGUCAUAGGUGAUUCUAAAACUUUCAAGACACAUUUUAUAGCUUUACUGCUUCAUGCAGUACACUUUGAUGGCAUAUGGGCACCAUCUGAGUGUGCAGGAGCUCAGAAGAGGAACAGGGAUGCUCUAAGGAGGGUUGUCCCAGAGAAAGUUUUAGAGGGUCAUACAGAUUUGUACAUCAUCAAGCAUGGUGCACUGAAUGGAGAAAGGUACAGGGAUGAAAUUCUGGAUAUUUUUAUGAGACCAUACACCGAAGCCAUAGUUCCAGAAACCUUUUUUCAACGAAUUCAUGGAUUCGGAGAAAGGCAGGAAACUGAAAAAGAGGAACAGACACCAGUUUUAGGGCCAGAAGCGAGAAGAAUCUCUAUGCUUGGUUUGUUAUCUGGACCUUCGUCUGUCAUUCGUCCUCGAGAAUCAGUACUGAAGAGGAAGUACGGAUUUUUAGAAAAUGAACCUGAACUAUCACUAGUGGAGAGGUCCAGAAAGAGGCUCUUUACUCCAGAAAUAGCCAGAAACUCUCCAGGACUAAAAGAUGACUGCUUGAGCUCUGUUUUGUGUCGUCCUCAAUCCCUUUCUCCAUGUUUACAAGAACUGAAACCUUUGAGUCCAACAUCCUUCUCAUUCUCAUCCCUGAAAAUUAUGCCAUCUCCUAAAUACCUCUCUAUUGAAGGCCAAGAAACCUAUUCACUUCUUCAAUCCCCCUCUAUUCGAAACCAGAAAACAUUACCAAGUCCUAAGUCUUCCUAUUUUCAAGGUCAGAAGAGACAGCAAGUUAAAGAUUUUGAUACCAACAUAACAGGAACAAAACCAUCAUUUUCUGAGACAGACGUUAGUCCACUGAAACAAAGAAUAGGGAGAGCCAACACCCACUGGGUUGAAGAACUGAUACCUCCCAGCGUGUUGAACUUCACGUAUGGAAAGAAACAGCAGGCAGUUGACAGCCCAGUGAUUAACUACUGGAGGAAAAAUAUGUUUCCUGAUGUCAGGUCAGAAGUAGUAACCAAAAAACUUGAAGAACAAGUGAAAGCCCUGUCAAAGAAGUAUGUAAAUACUAUCCAAAGAUGUAUUUCUACAUUCAGUAAUCAACUGGCAGAAUAUAGGAAACAAGUAUCUGAAGUCAUAGCAGAAAUAAUAGAUGAAGACCAUGCAACCUUCCAAGUUAACAGUGACUUGCUGACAUAUCUGAAAGAAUCUAAGAAUAACAGACUAAAAGUUGUCCACAAACUGGCUAAGUUGGAAGAGACAGUGCAGUUACUCAGACUAGCAGAGAAUAAGCUAGAAAAGAAGCUUCAAGACAUUCAGAAAAAAGCUACCUUAAAAUAUCAACAAGAACUCCAACAGGUAAAAGACGAGUCUUAUAGAGAGAUGGAGAAGAAUAUGUUGAAACAACUACAUCAUCAUCUUUCAGCCUUUAACUUGUUUAUUUGAAAAGUAUUUACAUUUGAAGAUGAUAAUUUGUUAUUUUGUGCUGUGUUUUGUUAUAUGAUACAGAUUCUUUCUACUUUGAUUAUAUAAUUUAGAAGGAAAUAUUCUCCUUUAUUAGCUGAUACUGUGACAAGCAUUGUUUCAGUAUUUGAUCUGAUACUGUAAUAAAAUA